AUGAGUCGCUACCUGAGCCACGACGGCGUCAAGGCCACCCAGUACCGCCCGCGGCAGUCGUCGUACCUGCGCAUCUCGCCCACCCAGGUCCUCCAGAUGACGCUCUACCUCGAGCCAGCACACGUCGACUGGAUGUCGGACGACAUCCUCGACAAGAUGCUCGUCGCGCUCAAGGACCGCAUCCCGCUCAAGCUCGCCAAGGAGAUCGACCCGAAGAAGAAGGGCGGCAAGGAGCGCAGGCAGGUCGACGUGUACCGCGGCACCGGCUACCAGAUGGCCUUCUACUUCCGCAGCGCCAACGACAAGCACGUCGUCCUCCUCAAGGACAAGAACAUCCACUUCGUCACCCGAUCGCCGUCGACCGUCCGCGCACCGUCACGUGUCGCACCCUCUUCCUUCCCUCCACCUUCACCGUCCCGCAAGCGGGCGCGCACGGCGUCGGCCGCACCUCGAGACGACGAGGGAGACGUCCUCUCGUCCGGCUCGGACGGCGAGGGCCCGUCGACCGUCGCCCCGCCGCCGUCAAAGCGCCGCGUCGGCGUCGCAGCGGGUGGUGCGCGCGACGAGGGCGAUGCCGAGGACGAGCUCGUCGUCGUCAAGCCCGAGCCGGACGAGGAGGCGCCGCCGCCUGGGUGGGCCGAGUCGGCGGGAGGAGGAUACGAGGGCGACGUCAAGCCAGAGAUUGACGAGGACGUCAAGCCCGAGGUCACGGUCACGUACCGCGGCUUCACGAUCUUUGGCCGCACCCUCGUCGUCAUCGUCGAGCCCUACCCGGCGCUCGACCCCGCCGACCUCGCCCGCCCUCGCCUCCUCGACACCGAGGUCCGCCAGCUCUCUGCGUCGGUCGCGCCCGAGUCGUACCGCAACGGGCGCUCGACGAUCCCGCGCGGGAGCUCGCUCAGCGUCACGCCGGCGCCGCCACGUGCGCCCGGCGGAAGGGGCGCGCUCUUCCGCAGCGAGACGACGCCGGCCGAGAGCGUCGGCGGGUCAGUCGCGCCCUCUGAGCUCGGCAGCGAGGGUGAGGGCGACGGUGACGGCGAGGACGAGUCGAUGCGCCGGCUGCGCGAGAUGUCGAUGAUGCUCGCCAACGACGACGACGGCGACGAGGACUUGCCGUCGCUCGACGCGCUCGUCGGCCGCGCGAGAGGUCGAAGGAAUGUCGAGGGUGCGGCGGUUGAGCCUGAUACGGGCGAGGAGGGCGGGACGACGUAGCUGAGCGUCGGAGGCCGUCCAGCAAUGCAGCCUCGCUUUUUCGCUU